UCCUUACACAUGUGUCGCAAACUUCCGCAGCAAUAGCGUUACCUCUCUGUGCGCAAUACAUGCUAAACUUGCGUAGGUGAACAUAUAAAGGAAGUGCUUAGGAGAACAACAUGAAUCACUUGCUGUCCGCAGUUGUAAACAGAAGGAGAACAGUCCCCUGGCAUUCAGCUCCCUAACAAUGGUUCAACACUCGAAAGCAGCAUGGACCCUUACUGUGCUCACGACCUGCAUUCUUCUGGUUCUUGCUGCUCCUCCGAAAUCCAACGACGAGAACAGUAACGAAGGAAAAGUUGGUAUGCGAUUCUUCCCAGGAGCAGGUUACCCUGGACUCUAUCCCGGUCUCUACCCUGGCUCGUUCCCCGGAGGAGGUUACCCUGGAAUCUAUCCCGGUAUUUAUCCUGGCGGGUUCCCCGGAACAUAUCCUCGAAUCAACCCGUGGUCACUGGGUUCAGGUUACCCUCUGGGAGGAUAUCCAGGACCUUUCACGUACUACAGCAAUAAAAAUGGCAACAAUCCCGCAGGAAGUAACACCGCUCCCAAGGGAUAACUGUGAUGAAAAUGUGUCUACAUCAGAUAGUCUCCCUAUGAAAUCAACAUUUUAGGCGAAAGCUCCACGGUGAAUUUGGCGUCAGUUUCAAUAUACGAAACUUAUGUACUAGAAGUGAAUCAUAAUUCAUGUUCUCCCCACCAGAAUAAUUUUCUUCUCCAUUCAGUACGUUAGAUUGAUGUAAGUAUAAUGAACCAAUACUAAAAUUCUACUCAAAAUGAAUAUUAGAGAAGAAUAUGGUUAUAUUGUGUGGGACAGGCAUGUUUAAUAAAAUCAUGAAUUUCAGCUUUGGAUAUAUUCAGAUACAGUGAUAAGAAGGAAAUUCAUUCUGUUUUUGUAAAUCUAAAAUAUUUCCUCAAAUAAAAAGAGAAAUCAUAUUUCAUAAUAAGUUUUAAUCUAAAUACUGAUGAGAAUUAUAACGCAAUGUACACAGGUAUAAACGUUCUUCUCUCUAGAAAUCAGUCAUGUUUUUGUUUCGCAUAUAUUAUUUGCUCUAUUUUGGGGGAAAAUAUUUAUCAAAUCUCUAUACAAAGUCAAGCCCCAUACUUAUCAUCUUAAUGCAGUCCAUGACAUAUUUAAUUCAAUUUAUACUAAUUUGAAUGUGAAGCUUGGAGAUUAUAAUCUCAGCGUCUAACUUAUCAAGUGGAAUCCUUGAUUUAAAAUCUCUUAUGUGUUGCCGUUCACUGAAUAGAAAGGAGACUGCUUGAUAUAUUGACACAUAUGCUUACAUCCCCAGAAGCAAUUACGUUGUAUGAAACAGAAUGUUUUCUAUUAGUGCUUAA